GCGAAUUAGAUUUAGCAGGAUGCAAACUGUAUUGUUGUGUUUUGGAAGAUGGAACAAGAGGUUUAUCAAAACGAGGCACGCAAGAAGUUUUAGGAAUAGUUGAUAAAAAUGGCAAGCAAAAAUAUUCAGCAAAUAGGCUGGGAGAAUUUUUGAACCAAAAAUCACUCCAACCCUUUAUUUACAAAGGAAAAGAGGUGGGAAAUUUUGACCCAAUUGUCUGCUAUGAUGAAAAUGAUGUUGAAAAUCAUAUUUUUAAAGCAGCCACUUUAAUAGAUAUAGCUGAUGUUAGGUCAGUUGCCAAGGUUGGUAUUGAUGCCUUAGUAGAUGAAGCCACAGGUUAUCAAAAAGUCCGGGAAGAAACAUUACAAGAAAUAUUAAGGUUAUAUGUUUCGGAGGAGAAAAAACCUCUAUUUGUUGGUUAUUUAACUAUCAAGUUGAUUUAUGAGAACUUGCCCGAAGGCGUGUUAGAAAAAAUAAAAGAGAAAACACCAAAAACCAAGGGAGGUCAUUGGAGAUAUAGAUUUCAUCAAUCAUUAACCAUUGAAAUAGGUAGAGAAGCCUUGAAAAAAGUAAUUUAUACAAUAGAAACAUUAGCCAAGAUUUCCAAAGAUAAGAACCAGUUUUUAAGAUUGGUGAAAAAGGUGUAUCAUCCUAAAAAAGAUUUACCUUUUUAUAUUGAUGUGGAAGCCAUGAAUGAAAGAAAAGAGGAAGACAAAGUUGAUAAAUUAUUAGGAGCUUUAUUAAAAACACCAAAACCAAAAAAAGAUGAGUAG